AUGCACCCUGCCGCUCAUUUCGCCUUUCAUGCUGCUAUUUACGCUCAUGUAAUUAAUCCAUUGCGCCUUUACAGGAGUUAUUAUCUUAGUAUCUGGCUAAUAUUGAAGGGCACUCUCAACUUUGCUGCACAGCUGGUUGAAGAUGGACCGAAGUUGGAGAAGAUGACGUCUGAUUUGCGCGAGUAUCUACGACAGCAUCCGCCCAUGACUGGAGCAUUCAAUGCCAAGGUGCUUCCUUUGACUGAGUUUGUUAAAAUCCUACAUGAGUAG